AGAAAUGUUGCAGAAACGGUCGUGAAAUAUUUCUGUAAUAUUGUUGAAAGGUGUAAUAUUUCAAAUGGAAUAUUGCAGCAAUGUAUCAGAAAUAUUACAUGCCGAGUGGGUAAUUAAUUAUCAUGAUUACUCACAAGAACAACCAGAAGAAUCGCAAGAGUCAAUAUUAAAUAUAAAUGAAAUAUUAUUUGAAGAUGGUAGUGACCACGUACAUAAUGAAGAGGAUUUAAAUAAUAAUAAUAACGAAGAAACACAAUUAUAUUUGUCUUCGUUAACUAAUAACAUGAUUACUACAACACAACCGAUUUCGGAACAAACAAAUUUGCAGUUAAGAUCUUUACCAUUUACAAAUGUAUCUAAUAUAAAUACAUCAAGUCCAUCAAGAUCAUGUUCAGCAUUAAGUUCUGCACAGUCAUCAUCAGAUGUAUGCGAUAUGUUACAAUCUCCAUCCGUUGUUUAUAAUCCUU